CUGUGCCCCCUGACCAAAGCGCGUCCCGGGGCGGUGGAGGCAUUCCUGAGGAGAGGAGCGGAGCCCACCGCAGCCCCGGACCAGCCUGUAGGACUGAGCCCUCUGCGCUGCCUCUCUGGGUUCUCUCCUGGGCUGCUCUGCCUGCGGCUUCCGAUUCUGAAAUCCAGUGUGAAAUUGCUGCAAAAGCAGAGAUGAUUGUACAAAGAGUAGUGCUGAAUUCACGGCCUGGUAAGAAUGGAGUGCCAGUGGCUGAAAACUUCCGACUGGAGCAAAGUACAAUAGCAGAUACAGUCCAAGCAGGACAAGUGCGUGUUAAAACUCUCUAUCUCUCAGUGGACCCCUACAUGCGCUGCCGAAUGAAUGAGGAGACGGGCUCGGAUUACCUGCAGCCCUGGCAGCUGUCUGAAGUUGCUGACGGUGGGGGCAUCGGGGUAGUGGAAGAGAGCCAGCACCAUAACCUCGCUAAAGGAGACUUUGUAACUUCCUUCACUUGGCCCUGGCAGACAGUGGCAAUUCUUGAUGGAGACUCGCUACAAAAGCUGGUGCCACAGCUUGUAAAUGGACGCCUUUCCUACUUUCUGGGUGCAGCUGGCAUCACGGGACUGACGGCCCUGUUGGGAAUCAGGGAGAAGGGACAUGUGGCCGUGGGUGCAAAUCAGACCAUGGUGGUGAGCGGAGCAGCCGGUGCCUGCGGCUCUUUGGCCGGUCAGAUUGGCCGUCUGGAGGGCUGCUCUAGAGUGGUGGGGAUUGCUGGCACAGAUGAAAAGUGCUCCAUUUUGGUCCAAGAAAUGGGGUUUGAUGCUGCUAUCAAUUACAAGAAGGGAGAUGUGGCAAAACAGCUGCGUGAACUCUGCCCAGGUGGUGUGGAUGUUUACUUUGACAAUGUUGGUGGUGACAUCAGUGAUACAGUUAUAAGUCAGAUGAAUCAGAACAGCCAUAUCAUCCUGUGUGGACAGAUUUCUCAGUAUAACAAAGACGUGCCUUAUCCCCCUCCUCUGCCUCCUGACAUAGAAAAAAUACAGAAAGAAAGGAACAUCACAAGGGAAAGAUUCUUGGUGUUGAACUACAUGGACAAACAAGAAGCUAGUGUAUUACAACUCUGCCAGUGGAUCCAAGAGGGUAAACUGAAGGUCAGAGAGACUGUGAUAGAAGGCUUAGCAAACAUCGGUGGUAGCCAGGAGGAACCAAGAAACAAGGCUCCAGCAAAGAGAAGUGAGAAAAAGAUGACUCCAUUAAAUCUGCAGUUUUUGUGUAAAGCAUUGGAGGAUGACUCUAUAAAUCCAAGAAGAAGGCUGCUUGACUUUUGUGCUAACCUUUAGUCAUUGGAAUAGUAAAAUAUAAUCCCAUCAGCCACUUUCCUGUAGAGCAUGGGUGGCAAAAUAAAAGAGUAGUGUGCCUUUAAAUGAAGGCAAGAAAA